UGGCAACUGGUUCUCUCUUAUUAUGUCGAACAAGCUCCUUGAUUUAGCUUGCACUUUAAUAGCGCGCGCUACCCCUACUUGAUCUGCAUGGCAGCAUCGUACGGUACGAUAUUGUACAGCACCUAUAUCGGGAGCGCGGUUGGUUGGCUGGUCGGCUAGCGCUAGCGAUGGUCGGUCAGAUCAGGCAUGCACAGUAUAGCAGCUAGCUGGCGCGCUAGCUGGAAGCAAAACACCAAUUAUGAAUGAGGCAAUAGAUCUAAUCUCUGAGAAGAAAAAAGUCUUUGCUAUUCUUCCUGCCGCAGGUACAGGGGAACGAACUGGCCUUAAAACACCUAAACAGUUUUGUGAAAUUGCUGGAUAUCCACUUAUCCUUCACAGUCUCUGGAAUUUUCAGAGGCCAUGGAUUGCUGAAACAGUGGUAGCGGUCUCUGAAGACUGGUUACCAUAUCUGCAGGACCUCAUUAAGUUGUACCGCAUACAAAAUGUGCACCUUGUUGUGGGAGGGCAAACUCGUCACCAGUCUAUCAAGAUCUGUGUGCAGUAUGUCCGAGAGAGGGUCCAGAAUGCAAGAUGCAAUGCCAGUGAUGUAAUUGUCAUUGUCCAUGAUGCUGUAAGACCGUUUGUAGCUGAGGAAACUCUACAAAGAAUUGCUGAGGCUGCUCACAAACAAGGGGCUGCAGGGGUAGUAUGUCCUUUGGUUUCAACAACGCUAGCAACCCAAGAAGAUGGCAUUCUGGAUUAUUCCUUGGUCCGAUCUAAACAUUGCAACAGUCACACUCCUCAGGCUUUCUCAUAUCAAACUAUAGUCACAGCAUAUGACAAGAUCUCCAAGCAUGACCUGGAUCAUGGCACAGAGGUUCUUCAUCUAGCGCUGGAAUAUGCAGGUGUGAGGGCCAAACUCUUAGAAACAAAAGAUGAAGUUUGGAAGGUCACAUAUAGAAGGGAUAUCUGUGCUGCUGAACAGUUUGCAAGGGAGAGACUUGCAAGGCUGGCAAUCCUUUCAGACCAGACAGGUAAUGAUGUUAUUGGUGUACUGGAAGAGCAAGUAAAGAAAAAGAGAUUGACUCUCUUAUCAAAAUGCUCAUCUCUUACAACUCUUCCAUCUGGUGUAAAUGCUGUCAUUGUCAUUGCGGAUGCUCCUACCACUGAUCAAUGUUUGUUAGAUGUAGCAACCGUCCUUGAGAGAUUAAAACAACAACUACAUCCUCUCAAAGGCUCUCUCACUCUACUGGUUACCGUGCCAACAGAAGAGAAGAUGGUGAGAGAUGAUCUUAUGACCAGAUUCAGAGAGCUUAGAUUAGACCAGAGAUGCAGGGAUAUUUGUGUCUACUGUGUCAUCUUAGAAACAAAGAGUUCGCCAGUUGAGAAAGAGAGGAUGGAAAGAGCUUGUGAACUUACGGCCAACCUGGUAGUGAGACAAGAUGAGCUAAUGUCUGGUCAAACAUUCAUAGUAUAACAUUGCUAAAGUGAUAUCCUAUCCAUCAGAAUCUUCCAUCGAUGCAAGUAGUUCUUGUUAUAUGAAAUGAUUUAAUAUGUAAUAUUCUGUCACCUACAAUGGUACAAGUAUCAUCUGCACUAUCAAUCGUUUGGUUGAAACAUUACGUUUUUAAUGUUCAUUGGAGAUAACCAUCUGGUAACGCAUUAUUUUUAUGACAACAUACAUUAUUAUUGGGCAUCUAUUGCACAAAGAAGCACUUGCUGUAACAGUGGGCUUUAAAAGAGCAUAUUAUCUUUCUCAAAUCCCAGAAAUUUUGCCUUUGAUAAAGUGCAUCUUGAAACUUUGAAUGAAUAUCAAAAAUUAUAUAGGAUGGUUCAUUUAAGCAUGAUAUUAGACUACAAUGUACAUUACCCUUAAUGUGAUCAUAUCACCCUCAUUUCCGACUUGGACAUUAGGAUUAUACUUGAAUGAUAUAGUCUCACAUGCAAAUUAUGACUGAAGUAUAAUGAUUAUCGUUGUAGGCUCCCAGAUUGUGUCACUCUUCGUUUAAAUAGAAAUGAUAAAUUGAAUACCAGUAUGUUGUAUUGUGAUGCAGAUAUUGAAGAUGGAUGACUUUAUUUAAUGUGCUUUAACAACAGUAAUAGAGAAUUCUUCUUGGCUCUAUCAUGCCUGUUAAGAAUUUAUGCAGUAAAAACUUACAUUUAUAGUUACUUGUCAUGAUUGAAGUCCUGAAUACAUACAUGGUGCUAUUUUUCUACUUGUAUAUACACAGCAUGACUGAUUAAUGUUCAUUAAUUUUAUCUUGCCAAAAAUUGAUUGCAUAGUAUGUGCUACAAAUACAGGGUUUGAGAUUAAGUGUACAAAAGACUUUGUAGUGCUCAAAACUUGGAGGAUAUGCUGUAGAGAAUUAUUUGUAAUAUGAGAAAUUAGAUAAUUCCUGUAAAAGGAAAUCAUGUAUGAUGUUAUUGAUAGCAUCACAUGGAAAUUGAAAGAGCUCAUAUUUCCAUAGAAUAGUAUUGAGACUCUUCAUUAGUUUCCCUUUCAACACAGUGCCCUAUUCUUGGUAAUGCUACAUUCUCUUAACAUUCAGACGAUUAUACAUAUAGUAUUACUAGCAAUUUGCACAAAACUUCUUUCAUACAGUGCAUAUCAAUAGGCGGAGAUAUACAUUUUGUUGCAGUCUGAUACAGUCGACAACUGAAUUAUUCAUACCUUUACCAAAUUUUUGUAAUAUUUAAGUAUAGUUUAGUAUGUGAAAAACCAAUUUGUCCCGAUUUAUUUUUCUUAAGAAUGACCUAUUAAAAGUUACAUCUACAAGUAUUUAACAAAGGCCCUAAUUCAACCAGUCAAUCUUUCAUUCAUUGGUAACGAAAAACACAAAAAUAUCACAUUUAAAAGGGGUUUGAAUAAUUUAGUUGUUAAUUGUAUGUUGCCAGCUUGUAUUUGUAUUCAUAUUGCAUUCAUAUUAUAUAUUUCUUGUGGUAUGCUUCUAUUUUAUUCCAGGUAUUUAUAUGUAUAGCAAGUACUUGUUGUGUUCCAGGGAAAUACUGUGUUUAAUCAGGGUUUAAUCUACCAUUGAGGUAUAUCACCAGAAGAUCUGAAUUGUAGAUCAGUACUAUGGGUAGUAUUAUAAAAAUGAUUUUACUGGAUUUAACAUUUGUUUAUGUUAUUGAUAAACAUCUGUGUGGUGAAUGAGCUACUGAUAUUGGUUCCAGCAUUUACUUGUUACUGACAAGUUAUGUUUGGAUUAAUUAACAAGUUAAUAUCAACAACGAUCACAAUAACAUGAAAUAAAGUUAAUAAGGGAAGACUGUUGGAUUGCUAAAGAAGGAUCAUUUAAGUUAUUUGGUAAUACAUGUAACAUCUUAAGAUGUUGCUCUAUAGCCACCCCCCCCCCCACAACAAAAAUGUGUAAUAGACUCGAUAUGCCAAAUUAUCUUUGGAAUAAUUUUAAUUUUUACCCUUCCUUUUGUCUAUUAACUUUUGGAUACGUAGCUUUGAAGAAUUCUUUUGGUCUGAUUUAAAAAAAAAAAAAUUUUUAUUGUAAAACUUUCUAGGGUUCCAUGCAUGCAAUAUAUCAGGAGGAAGUACUUCUUUAUCCAAAUGCAUUCCCAUUUGUGGUACUAAUUUAUACCUUUUGAACAAAGAUGGCAACAAUCUUGCUUCAGUGAUCUAAUGUAUUUAAAAAAAUCAUGUACUUGUAUUCAUAUGAAUUCCUCAUUUGUUUUGUAUUGCUAUAUUUAACCAUAAACUUUGUAUUUAUUUUGAUGUAGAAUAAAAACCAUUGAAUUACUAU